GUGCUCGCUCGUGGCUGAUUUGGGGAGGGAGGCACCAGGAUCCACGCACGCAGGCAGCUCAGGUGGCGACUGGAUGUGGGGUGCCGAAGUGCUUUGCGCACUGCGCUCGGCAUCUGCCCUUUGCUGGUGGAUUGGUCUCUCCUCCCCACUCGACAGCUGCCUCCGGCUGGAUGGUUCUCCCUAGUUCCUCUCACUCGUUUUCCUGACGCGGCUCACCAGGCAGAGCAGAUGCCUUCUGAGCGUCUGGAGCCUCGCAGGGACCUGCCAGCUCUAGCCAGCUUAUCCUAGGAGCGCCUCUGCCACGCUGAGCUGCGGAUGGCCUCGAAAUCUCACUGACGGGCGAAAGGGAAAUCGAGCCCAGCCCAAGCGGCCUCCCAACCUGCUACCCGCCCACUCCAAGAGCCAUGGAGGCCACCCACGUGCCGGUGGGGAACCUCAUUGACUUUGAUUCUGAGCCCCCAGCCUCUGUCCCCGCGGAGCCCGCUCCCUCGCCCCCUCCGCCCUCCAGCGGCAAUGGGUUGCUGGAGCAUCUGGGGGACCCGGCGUCUGUGGGGGAGGAGAGCGACACCACGGAGUCGGCCGACAGCGAGAACGACAUGGGGGAUUCGCCGAGUCAUCACAGCUGGAACAACUACCGCCGCUCCUCGUCCAACGAGUCCUUCUCGUCCAACCAGAGCACCGAGUCCGCCAAGGACGAGGUGAUGGUGGAGCGCCGGGAGUUCAUGAGGCAGUAUGUGGAGAAGAUCUUCAGCGGGGGGGAGGACCUGGACCAAGAAGAGAAGGCCAAGUUUGGGGAGCUGUGCAGCGGAGAGCACGGAAAAGGCAGGGAGUGGUUUGCAAGAUACGUCAGCGCUCAGCGCUGUCACUCCAAGUGUGUGUCGGAGCAGACGUUCUACCGGCUGGUGCAGUCCUUCGCUGUGGUGCUGUUUGAGUGUCACCAGAUGGAUGACUUUGGACCCGCCAAAAAUCUAAUGACCAUGUGUUUCACGUACUAUUACAUCGGUAAAGCCCAGGCACUGCCCUCCGAGGCGAAGGAGAAGCCCACGGGGAGCAUCGACUCGUACCUGAAGUCGGCAAACAGCUGGCUGGCCGAGAAGAAAGACAUCGCCGAGCGCCUCUUGAAGAACACGUCGGCGAAGACCGAGAACGUGAAGGGCUUCUUCGGGGGGCUGGAAACCAAGUUCAUGGGCAAGAAAAGCGAGGACGGGGAAGAGAAGCCGAAGGAGAAGCUGCAGAAAACAGUUUCCCUGUACAGCCCCGAGGAGGAGGAAGAGGAGAAGAAGGGAGAGAAGAUCUAUUUAUACAUGCACCUGAAGCAGCAGCCGAUCUGGCACACCCUGAGGUUUUGGAACGCUGCCUUCUUCGACGCCGUCCAUUGCGAGAGGAGGAAGAGAUCUCCCACCACCAGAGGGAACACUGGAGAGGAAGAGGAAAAGAGGGAAAAGUGGUGUCACAUGACCCAGGAGGAGCGUGAUGACAGCCUACGGUUUAACGAGAACAUCACUUUUGGGCAGCUCGGCACGUUCACUCACAACAUGUUGGCAUUCGGCCUGAGCAAGAAGCUCUGCAACGACUUUCUGAAGAAGCAGGCCGUGAUCGGCAACCUGGACGAAGAGCAAAACAAGCUGCUUAGCGAUCACAUUGAGCAAAUGGCCGCCGAAUAGCGCCUCUGGCCUUCAUCCGGCGUUCGGAGAGAGGCAGAGAGGAGCGUCUGCGGAAUGGGAGGAUUCCUCCUCCGUGACCCUGCGCAAAUGAAGAUGGGCUACGUGAAACCACCACAAUAAACCUGCAUGAUUGUCAGCAAACCUUAGAGCUGCACCAGGCAGCCCAUAGAAAUAGGAGCGCACACCGAACCAACCCUUUCCAGAUGCUCCUUCCUCCCAGAGCCCUGUCGCAUUGUCUGAGUCGAAUAUCCCACGAGGUGUUUGUGUCUGUAAAAUGGAGUAAUGCUCAAGAUCCCCAUGUAUUUAUGUGGGCUCUGGGGAGGGGACAGUAUUGCUGUAUCCCAGGCAUCAGUGAGGUGCCGUGCACUGGUCCUGCUGCUGGAAACUUUCCUGAUGAGACUGCAUCAGUAGGCCACAGCCGAUGAGGUCGAAAGAUUCUGUAGGCAGGGCAUGGGGUGAAGGGAGGGAAUAAUACGGCAGCACGAGGUGCUUGUUACUUUAGAAGGUUGGUAGCCAGUGGCUAAUCCAGGUGGAAACAGGACUCUAAUCUCCCCCAGCUCAGAGAUCAAGAUCCAGGCUCCUCUUGUAUACUGUGGUGCAUUGGAAGUUUAUCCACAAACGCUGCACCAGGCAUUUUGCUUUGGCAGCGGAGCAGCUGCUGCGAUAAGAACCAGCCUUGACGAUCUGUCCUGGCCUCUCGUUUGAGCCAGCGCUAUCCUGCAGCCAGACGGGCUGAUGCGCUUGCCGUUUGCUCGGCCCUUCGAAGGAGACGUCGGUUGCUCCCGUUGUUGGGGCGAAGGAGGGGGGAGCAUUCUUUAGCGACGCGGCCUGGGCAGAAGCGAGCGCUCUAGGGAAGGGUGGGAGACUGAUCUUGGAGCCGCUGCAGAUCGUCGAUGUCGGGAGUCUGGUUUUGUGUCACAUCGCCUUUCCUUAUCUCACUGAAAACGCCGCGCCUGGUCUGGGCGAUAGGCAGACAAACUCAUGCACAUCUUUCUGCUGCAAACACAUAACUACACCUAGCUAGCAACCCCCCUCCCUCAGUACAAAGGUCCUUCCACGGUGACCCUUGGAGAUCUUUAUUGGCAUCGCUUCAAAGGAAAGAGAGUGAAAUUUGCACAUCUUGAUGUGAGGGCAAAUCAGUGAACUUCCUUAGUGAGCUCUAGAGACUGGCAGCAGCAUUAUUCAGGGGAAUUUGCUGUGGUCAGCUGGAGAAAGGAUUCUAGGUCACUUGCUCUGAGAAUCCUCCGGGUGGCGCCUUCCUGACCGGGAGAGGCCCAGGAGCUGUGUUGGCUGACUUCCCAGGAGCUUGGCCCCAUUGCAGUUCACUUGGUGGAACUCGGAAGUGCAGCUCAGGGCUCAGACAUGGUGGUAUCUGGGAUGAGAGAGCCUGGCCACCAGGCGGGGGAUGAACGUGGCUAGUGAUUGCUGAGGGAGGAGGCGCCCCAAACACAAUUGGAGCCUCACUUGCCCUUCUGGCUUUGCCGUGGACAAAAGAAACGCAGGUUAGUUUUCCUGGUCGCCGCUGCUUCCAGCCACCCACUUGUUUCAGAUGCACCGACUCAGGCGGAUGCAUCUCUAGCUAGCCUGUUAAAUGCCACCCCCCGUGCACAUGCAGCCUGCACACAUCCUGGGUGUUAGUGACUCACUCGGCCUCUGGGCUUCCUCCGUGCCACAUUACAGAGCGUGCUGUUCUUGUUCCAAGGGGAAAGGAAAUAUUAAUCUUAUUGUCUUUCUGCAAAUGUAAUCAUCCUCCGCUCUCCUCCUUGACCUCUACAUUACCAAUCAGAAUCCUGAAAUGGCCCAGGGUAAAUACUCAUUUGAUUCCUGGCCUCUCCCGUUGAUGUAUUACGAUCAGUAGCACAGGGUACACAGACUGUCAUUUCUUUCUGGGGCCGGUGUUGCCAGUGCAGCAUGCAGUGUCUCAGUGAACCUUGGAUGCUGAGUGUUCAAAGAGGGAUGAGUGGCUAGAAUGAUCCAUGUGUAUACCAGCGACUUUGAAAGGGGACACACAGAUUUUUUUUUUAAAGGCGCAGAUAGCUAGAUAAAAAUGGGAACCUUGUAGCAAAACUCAGGGACUUCAGAGAUCAGUACUGAAACUUCUAGAGAAGCCCUAUGCAAGGGAAACCAGAUGGCUUUUCCUAUGGGAACGUGUGUCGGGACCCCGUGUUAAAGGCUCUGGAGCACAACGCAGAGCCGUGCAAAUGGCAAGCAAGCGUUGAGCCCUUUCUCGUGCUCUGGGGCUGUCGGACAAGCAUUGACAGCCUCGCACACUAAUUUACAACAAAACUUGUGUAGUUGUGUACUUCAGGAAAUGCUUGCGUUGUGGUGUUCAGGCAGCCAUCUUGUGUUCAAAGCUUUGUUUCUCUUCAAAAGUAUUCCUGUCGCGGACUUCUGUGUUUACACGAGCCUGCUUUUUGAGGGACACUUGUCUAAGGCUGUUCUGUGCUGUCGGUUUCGUCCUGUAAGAUUCAUAGUGUAGCAGGUUUGUUUUAAUGCAGCCUUUUGACAUUUUGACGUAUUGGCCCUGCAGCGUAACGUAUUAAAUCUGUAGAAUGGUAUUUCACAUUGAGUAACCUCUGUGACUCUUCCCAGUCAUGUUGCGAUUUUUAAGUGUGCCGUGUGAUCCUUCCAACCCCCCAAAGCAAGCCCUUAAUCGUAGACUGAUGCUCAGGAAUUGAAAAAUAAAAAUGUUCUAGGUUAGAUGUUUGUAAAACUGCAAACGAGAGAAGCCGCAGUGUUUGGUGUUGGCCAUGUGACCAAAUCACGUGUUACUCAUGAGCUCUGAGGCGGCUGAUCCCUUUCCUACCGAUUGCAAAUGCAAUUGAUCUGCCUCUUCUGCCCCAUGCCAGUUUUGAUGUGUGCGGUGUUGUCAGUCGCUUACUGCUGAGACUUGCUGUCUGUCAUGGAGGCAAACUCCAUGCAUCAGUCCUGGCUUAAAAGGAAGAAGCCACGAUUAAGUGUACAUGAGAGGUCCCAGAGCAGCCUAAGGAGGACACACGGGGAGUGGGGAGUUUGCAGUGUUCUUAUAAUAUCAAACAGGUUGGAACAGCUGAGUAGCACGAGGCAGUAAAAGCCCCGUGUUCCCCUCACGCCGAUCUCCCCUCUCUGCCCAACACCCACACCUGUUGCCAGGUGCACGGUCACAAGUCCCUCCCUCAGCCUUUCCUUUCAGGUCAGAGCUGCUUUGUGCUGGAUGCAUCUCCUAGGAAAACCCUGGUCACUGUUCUCUUGCAAAGCUCCUAAGACCCCUCUCUCCCGUGGAAUGUGGAAGAGCAGGGGCAGCUGCUUGGAAACUUGACCGACUGCAGACUCCCUCCCAUGACCCGUCUCUUCCUCAUGGAGACACCCAAGGAGGGGUCAGAGGGGAGGCGUGCCAGCCUUGCUGCGUCCUUGUCCUCUCUUGGAAAAGCAUCAGACCCCAGCGGCCAGCCUGAUGCAUGGGGGUGUAUCUCCUCUCCUGCACCAGUCCAGCAUAUGGCUGCAAAGGUCAGCUUCUUCCUUGCGGUGGGGUCGGAAGCAGACACCGGGAUCUCCAGAGUGUGCUGGAAGAGACGCCUGGAUUUGAAAGAGUCCGGGACUUCUUAAUUCCACGCGUGUGGGCCGGCAGAACACUCGAGCCAUAUGCAAAACUGUAAGCACUGGCUUGCAGCGGCACACGCGCGUAUGUAAGCACAGGGCUGCCUCAGAGCGCCUAGCCCAAGACCUUUCCCAUCCGUUAUCUUAGUUUGUGAACUUUGCCCCCUUUCCUCUUCAAAUCAGUGUCUUGAGGGUAGCCUCUUGCCCCUUAGCAUCAUACAAGGUAAUGUGAAAAAGGGGUUAAUGUCCUGAGCAAGGAGCUGCUGAUUCAAAGCCCUGUAAUCAUCUGCCCAGGGAACUUUAGCACCUGUUAUAAAGCAAAAAAUCACUCCUCUUCAUUGGCUUGUCAGGGGAAACCUCCCUCCUGCUGCUCCACCCGGAGAAGGGGGGGGGAGAAUGUUUGACAAAUUAGCCUGGGUUUUCCCUUUGCGAUCUCGAAUUAUUGCAUCCGGUUUAGGUGGAAUGAGAAGGGUUUGGAUCCGUGUGUCUCCGUUCCAAGUGGGCCCCUCUGUAAAGGGCGUUUCCUGGCCACACAUCUCAUUGGACACAUUACUUUUUGUACCUGGCCUCCUGGGGGACUCCUAUAGAACCUACUUAUCUGGAACUGUCUAAACAUGGUACCAAACCUGGGGAAAAGACAGGCCAAUGAGAGAACUGGGAGCACGCGUCUUGCUCCUUCCUGGUUCCCAAGGCGGGCGUAGGUUAGAAUGUGGCAUUGCCUACCUGAAAUUCAGAGAGUGUCUCACUUUCCCAGAGGUUGCUGGUUUGGGGUGGAUCCAUCUAAAAUUGUAUUGUUUGGGGAAAAAUUGCUGUUAAGGCCGUAACUGCACUUAGAAAUUUAUUCUGCUUAUUACUGAAUUGAUGGCAGCUCCAGCAGUGACCCCUCCACCCUUUGCUAGUAGCAGGUGAUCAUCCAAGUGCAGUCUGCGGUAUGUUUGAUCUCAGUCUCUCUCAUGUUUUCUUUCCUGAAUUAUGCUGUGUUCUUCCCACACUAGAAAAGUGUAGCUGUGAAAACAUGUUAUAUUGCACGUGUAUUUUUUCUAAAAAAAUAUAAAAAUUAAAAAAAAAUGCAAAGAAAAUGUUUAAAUGUGUUGCCCCACGUUACAGAAUGUUUGUUGCUUCCAUUGGGGUUCCAAAUGCUGUAUUUUACUCUUUAUAUAAAUAUAAAGACUUAUCUCUA